AUGCAGUUGUUUGUACGCGGUCAAAACCUUCACACUCUGAACGUAGAUGGAUGCGAUUCCGUUUUGGGAAUCAAGCAAGAGCUUGCACUUCGUGAUGGCAUCCCCGUCGAGGACCAAGUUCUCUUGUAUGCUGGUCGCCCCUUGGAGGAUGGCAUGAGCCUGGAGGAGUGCGAGCUCUUCGAUCAGGUCACUCUGGACCUUGGUGUACGUCUUCUCGGAGGUAAGGUUCACGGCUCUCUUGCUCGUGCCGGUAAAGUCAAGUCCCAGACUCCCAAGGUGGAUGCCCAGGAAAAGAAGAAGAAGAAGACAGGACGUGCCAAGCGCCGCAUGCAGUACAACAGGAGAUUUGUGAAUGUUGUGCAGACCUUUGGCCGCAGGAGGGGACCCAACUCUAAUGCCCCCUGAGCUCAUCUGCCUGAAAUUCUAAUCCUGUAGAGUGUAACUAUUAAACACAGUUAUACCAUU